UCGGCAUGGCCUCGUUGCAUGAGAUUCGCGAGACCGCAGUCUUGCCCCAGAAACCCGCGAGUCCGGGAGCGGGGAAGACCGGUUUCUGGGGUAUGGCGGAUCACUAGCGUACUUUCCUUCGUCCUGUGACAGGAAACACUUCACCCCGCCGUUUUGAAUUCUCUCUCCCACGAGACCCUCGGCUGAUGUUCCCCUUUCGAGGCCACCCUGACUGCCACCCGGGCCAUGAGCACCUCGCAGAUACUUGGUACGCACCACUCGCCGGUCUGGAAUAAAUACCCUGAGCCCGCCCCCUCGACUGACGGUGGCACUUGAAGACCUCACAGUCUUGGAGGAUAUCAUUGACUCUCUUGGGUCUCUCACUAGGAAGUUGUGACUCAACACCUACAAAACACCAUGACGGACCUCAAGGUACCCUCUCCCCGGGACGGUCCUCACUCCAACAAGGCGACAGAUGCCCCUCCUCAAGAUGGCGAUGCCAUGUUGGUGGAAGCCAAGCAUGCCUCCGACAAGGAGCACCAGAUGUCCCUCCUGAAGGCCAUCAAGCUGUACCCCAAAGCUAUUGGCUGGUCGGUGCUGGUCUCGGCCACCAUCAUCAUGGAGGGUUACGACCUCGCCCUGCUCGGCAACCUCUACGCCUCUCCGGCCUUCAACAAGAAGUUUGGCCAGUACGACGCAGCCGCGGGUAAAUAUGUCGUCUCGGCGGCCUGGCAGUCCGGUCUGUCCAACGGUGCUCGAGCGGGCGAAAUAUUUGGACUCAUCUUUGCCGGCUGGACCUCGGACCGCUUCGGGUACAAGAUGACGACCAUUGGAUCCCUUGUCCUGAUGAUCUGCUUCAUUUUCGUCUUGUUCUUUGCACCGAACGUGCAGGUCCUGGUGGCCGGGGAGGUUCUUUGCGGCAUCCCAUGGGGUGCUUUCCAAAGCGUGACGGCAGCGUAUGCCUCCGAAGUUGCCCCCAUGGUCUUGCGCCCUUACCUCACCACGUUCAUCAACAUGUGCUGGGUUAUUGGACAGUUCUUUGCCGUCGCUGUCAACAAGGGCUCGGUGGGAAGAAGCGACGACUUCGCCUACAAGAUUCCAUUCGCGGUGCAAUGGGUGUGGCCGGUCCCAAUCCUUGCCGGCAUCGUUUUCGCCCCCGAAUCCCCGUGGUGGUAUGUGCGGCAUGGCAAGAGGGAGCAAGCUAAAAAGGCGCUUCUGCGUCUGACCUCUCGCAACCAGCCCGACUUCGACGUGGAUGAGACAAUCGCCAUGAUCGAGCACACCAACCAGCUCGAGAAACAGAUGAAGGAGGGAGUUCGCUUCCGGGAUUGCUUCAAAGGCAUCGAUCUCCGCCGAACUGAGAUUGUUGUCGGUAUCUGGCUCGUCCAAACCCUUGGCGGCCAGAAUCUGAUGGGCUAUUUCGCUUACUUUCUUACGCAAGCCGGCAUGGACCCUAGCAACUCUUUUACGCUUUCACUCUGUCAAUAUGCUCUCGGCAUGAUCGGGACAGCUGGGUCUUGGGCGCUCAUGUCCCGCGUCGGCCGCCGGUCAAUCCAUCUCGGAGGGCUGUGUGCACAGUUGGCACUGCUCGUUAUUGUGGGCUGCCUGUCCUUCGGGACGACCAAGGCGUCCGUGUGGGCCAUUGGCGCCAUGCUUAUUAUCUUCACCUUUGUCUAUGACUUCACCGUCGGGCCCGUCACAUACUCGCUCGUUUCAGAGCUGUCGUCGACUCGUCUCAAGGCCAAGACGAUCGUGCUGGCCCGCGCCGCCUACAACGCCAGCAACAUCUUCGUCAACGUCAUGACCAAUUAUCAGCUGAGCUCGACCGCGUGGAACUGGGGCGCCCGGACAGCGUUUUUUUGGGCUGGCACUUGUUUGCUGUCCGCCAUCUGGGUCUUCUUCAGGUUACCGGAGCCGAAGGACAGGACAUAUGCGGAGCUUGAUCUCUUGUUUGAGCGACGUGUCCCGGCGAGGAAGUUUGCUAGGACAAAGAUCGACCCAUUUGCCCAUGCCAGCCAGAAGAGACUAUCAGCCGAAGAGGUGGAACACGUGGAAAAGGAGGCCUGAAACUGGUAGUCAUUUAGCUCCAGCCAAGAUCGCGAAAUGACAUUACCCUCUCUCGUCCCCUACUGGCUGCACUGUCUUGUACGGUUCAGAUCACUUACAACCUGUUCAGGCUCGAUUCCUAAUGAGUUCUUAUAUUAGAUACACCAAAGCAAGG